ACACUCAAUUGUAUGGACUCUACUCUUGAAAAACAAACAACUCUGACUCCAGAGGAAUCCUUCAAGGGAAUACCUCCAAGAAAUGUGUGGGUUUUAGUAAUUCCUAUCCCUAGAAUCAUUCUGGAGAUCUACUUUGAUUUCCUCUCCAAAGCCCCCAUGAAUAACGAAAACUAUUGGGUUGCACUUCUGAUCGUCUUGUGUGCAAGCUUGCUCCCGCUCAUCCCACUAGUGUGGGUGUUUAUAACUGGAGUCAAAGCUCUGUGGCGCCUGUCGUGGAAAAUGGUUCUCUUUUUCACUCUGCUUGUCUACUUUAUGGAAUGCACUUCCUCUGCCGUGGAUAUUGCCUGGGGUGUACUACGUGGUGAUAAAGUAGAUUUCCUUUCGUUAGUUAGUGUAUUUACCAAUAUAUAUUGAAUAUAAUCGAAUGCAA